AUGGGUCCUCCAGACCUUAGGUCCCCUAUGCUUGAAGUCGCGAGGCCUGUUGAGCCUUUGCAGAGUGGAGAGCAGCCAUCUGCUGAGGCUCGUCAAGUUCGCGUCGUGCCUUGGUGGUUUCCCGUUGAAGAAAUGAGCCAACCUAUCGUCUUCCACCUGGAGACAUGGGUGGUAGAGGAGAUACUUGGUUCAAACCAAUCCACCAUCAACGAACUGGAAUGGCUGAGUCAGGCCUUGCUGCAUGUGACCAAGUUGCCCUGUGGGAAAGUGACUGAAAUCACCAUCUUUGGACGGCCUCGAGAGCAGAAUCUCCUGAAGGGCUUUCUUCUAAGCCUAGCAGUGUGGUACAAAGAACUUAAGGUCAAGCGAGCUGAGAGGAUGCAGCAACUUGAAGAGUUCUUGAAGAACCAUGAGUAA